UUUUAUUAAUUUAUUUUAUCAUUAUAAUAGGGUUAUCAUGUUUAACACCAAUGUCAUUAUCAGAAAAAUGUCUGGAUUAUUUAAGCCCAUUAAAUGGUGAAACCAAAAUUGUUGAUUGUCCAAUGGUAUCAUCUAAUGAUAAAAGACAAACACAACCAACGUUGGACAAUAUGUUUGCUGUUGAUUUUAGUUGUUUAAUCGACGAUUCGGUAUUAUGUGACAAAGUUGAAAAAGUAUUUGUUACGGCAGGUAAAUUUAUAACAGCAACAUUAAAUUUAAAAGCAGUUGUAAGUGUUGAUGCACAAUUUUUAAAUUUUUGUACGACAUAUGGAUAUUGUGACAAGGGAAAAACAACAUUAGGAUCAGCGGGACCAGCAAGAUUACUUCCAUAUCAAGGUCCUACAGAUGAUAAAGUAAGAUUAUAUCCACAAGCAUUAUAUAAACAAAUGAAUUUACCGGAACAUCCGCAAUUUAAAAAAAAUGAAAUUUUGGCAAUGUUUAAUUCAAAUGUAAGUUAUUGGUUUGAAGGAGAUCCGUUACCCAUGCCAAAAAGACGAGUCGACAUUUUAUACGUUGUUGUUCAUGAAUUGAUACACGGAUUAGGGUUUUCGACCGCUUGGAAUAAUAAUGUGGGUGAGGCAUUAAUACCUCUUAUCGGACCUUCAUUUACCACACCUACAUCUACACCCGAAGGAUUUCCUGUCGCUGCUAAUGGACAAUUCUUAGAAUCAAUAUUCGAUAAAUACAUAAUUCUAUUACCAAGCGGAAAGCCACUUACAUCUAUAACUGAUGAGUUAAAUAAAUUUCCGAUUAAUAUGGAGAUGCAGGAAACUGAAUUUAUUAACUCAUUUAUUGCUUCACCGCAAUUUCCAUUUUCUCAAGAAGUGUAUAAAAGUGCCAUUACGCAAGGUGCAAUGAGUUUUCGAUUAACUAAAGAUGAUGAUUUUAUAUUAGAAACUAGCAUAGUUCCUUUUGCUCAAGGUUCAAGUAUCGCUCAUGCAGAUCUUCAAACUUAUUUGAGUACUAGUGAUUUCUUAAUGAUGUUUACAUAUCCUCCAAGAUCUACUCUUGGUCAAAUGAUGUCUAAAGCUGGUAGUGCUAACACCACUGGUCCAAUAGGUCCAAAAUUAAGACUUCUUUUUGAAAUACUGGGGUAUGAAGUCAAAAAAGAUUAUGUUCCUCCAGUUAUAUUAUCUAGUUACAAAGAUGAUGGGAACGAUUCUUUUUCAAUUAUUAGUAAUAUUAGUUUUAAUUUAACAUUAUUUUUAAUUUGUAUAUUAUUAACUUUUAAUUAUAAUAGUUAUAUAUAAUUAAUAUGUAAAAUAAGAUUUAUACGUAGAGGGUGCGUGCACGAGUAUGCGAUAAUGACG